GUCAAUUAGAGUUACGUUGAAAUGCAUUACACCUUUUGGUUACAGAUUUAGUAUCAAAACCAAUGCAAUCAAUGCUCGCAUCUCAACAACAAUUGAUCCGACGAUCACUCAAUGGCAGCAAUAAAGACAUGAAAGAGUUGUCCACCGCUUGCAAUAGCAAUGAGUCCAACGAUCCGGUGAUGAAUGGAUCCAAUGAGACGAUCGACACCACCGCUAGUCAGCCAUCGGCCGACACAUCGGACACGAGUGUUGGCGUCGGAUCCGAUGUGAAUGUGACGGACGUGAGGAGGAGUGGCAACAAGAAGAAGAGGUCCACCAAUUCGUGGCUCAAUAUAUUGAAUCCGUCGUAUAAGACACGACACGAAGAGUUUAAGCGAUUGUUCUCUAAUUUGGUGCCAAAUAAUGAGAGACUUGUUGUCGACUAUUCGUGUGCUCUUCAGAAGGAGAUCUUAGUUCACGGAAGGCUUUACUUGUCGUUGAAUUACAUCUCGUUUUACGCGAAUAUUUUCAAAUGGGAAACAAGUCUCGUGAUUAAGUGUCGAGACAUCACAUCAUUAACUAAAGCCAAUACGGCUCGAGUCAUACCGAACGCCAUUCAAGUGGUGACCACUUCUGGCGACAAAUAUGUGUUCACCUCAUUUGGCGCUCGAGACAAGACUUAUGUCAUGUUAUUUAGGAUUUGGCAAAACGCUCUCUUAGACCAACCCAUGAGUUCCGCACAACUCUGGCAUUGGGUUCACUACAGUUAUGGCGAAGACUUGGGCUUGACUUCGGAUGACGACGAGGAGUACUACAGCGACAAUUUGGUGCACACUUUGGGACCACAGACGGAACCGCUCAAUGCGACCGAUUCGCCCGAUUCGUGCGCUUUCGUCGACACGGAUAUAAUGGCCGAUCGCGAGGUCUACGAAGACUGCGACGAUUCCCAGACGAUCUCAUCGACGUGUCGGUGCGAAUCACACGACGGAAAGCUUAUAAUUGACGAAACAUUGCCGGUGUCUGUCGAUCGCGCGUUUGAGUUGUUGUUUACGGACAAUAAGUUUAUCCACGCUUUGCAUAAAUCGCGCCGAACUUACGAUUUGAAACUCACUCAAUGGGAGGACUCCGACAAAGACAAGUGCAGACAAUUGACUUAUACAGUGGCCCUCAAUCACGCUCUCGUGAAGUCCGCGCGAACUGUUGAAUGCCAACGACUUAUGGCCGACAGCACUGCCGGCAAGUAUUACACCAUUAAAGCGGAAGUCGUUAACGAAGGCAUACCCUAUUGCGACACUUUUCUGAUGCAAUCGUUAUGGUGUUUGACUCAAGACGCCGAAGAAGUGACGCGAAUGAAAGUACACGCGAAAGUGGUCUUUAGGAAGAAUGUCUGGGGAUUGGCUCUAAUGAAGUCAACCAUUGAGAAGAAUUCAAUUCAAGGCAUAUCUGACUUCUCGGCCGAUCUCUCCAAACAACUGCCCCAAUGGGUCCAAAUGGAGCGCAAUUUGGAUUGUUGUGCAACUGUUAACCAAAUCACUCAUAGAAAGAUUGACGACCAAAACAGUGAUUACAAUAUGAGUGUCAACGCCUCCAUCUCUCCGAUCAGUACUUCUAUUCAAAGUUCUGUCCAGAAUCGUAUAAACGAUGAGCUAUAG